UUUUAAAAUGACUUUUCGUCGAAAAUAAAAAUGCCUCGCCCAAUUGAAAAAUAAAAACAAUAUAGAAAGAAAUAAACUUCAUACAUUCCGUUAUUUUUCCAUAGCUCUCUCGCCGCCGCUCUCUGCAACAGUUUCACUCAUUUCUCCGCAAAAAUGGUUGUCCCUCCUCCAGUAAGGGCUGAAAGAGUAACGAAGUUUCUCAAACCGUACGUCCUAAGGAUGCACUUCACCAAUAAGUAUGUGAACGCACAAGUUGUCCACACACCGACAGCAACAGUGGCUGCUGCUGCUAGCACGCAAGAGAAAGCCCUAAGGUUGGCCAUGGAGAAGGAGAAAGAGAGCACUAGAGAUGUUGCUGCUGCUGCAAAGAUUGGCCUGAUACUCGCACAACGGCUGCAGGCCAGAAACAUACCAGCUGUUACAGUGUUCUACAACAGAGAUCAAAAAUACCAUGGCAAGGUGAAAGCCGUAAUUGAUCAAUUAACAAAUGCAGGGGUGGAACUGAUAUGAAUCCGAUGUUGGAUUUUUGUUUAUCUUGCAUCUGAUGAUGGUUCGGAAUCUUAAGACUAGAUGUAUUUGAGUUAUCACCAUGCUCUAGAAUCACUUAGUUCUUGCAUUUUGAAUAUUUCUGGUUCUACAAUUGAAUGUCUUAAAUAAGCAUUGCCAGUUUCAUUGUUAA